AUGUUGUUACGCGGACAGCGUGACCUCUCCUCUCCUCCUCCUCCCUCCAUCUCUCUCUCUCUGUCUCCUCCCCCCAUCCUCCUCUCCUGACUGAAGACUGCAGGCCGGGCGGAGAGGCUGUAUCUGCGAUCAUGGCUGUUCCACCGACAUACGUUGACCUGGGAAAGUCUGCUAAGGACGUCUUCACUAAAGGAUAUGGUUUUGGUCUGAUUAAGCUGGAUUUGAAAACAAAGUCAGAAAAUGGAUUGGAAUUUAAAAGUGCAGGAUCUGCGAACACUGAGACCAGUAAGGUGUCUGGAGCUCUGGAGACCAAGUAUAAAUGGGCUGAACACGGACUGACCUUCACUGAGAAGUGGAACACUGACAACACCCUGGGGACGGAGAUCACUCUGGAGGACCAGCUCGCUAAAGGACUCAAGCUGACGUUCGAUUCCUCCUUCUCUCCAAACACGGGGAAGAAGAGCGGGAAGAUAAAGUCGGGGUAUAAGCGGGAGCACAUUAAUCUGGGCUGUGACGUGGAUUACGAUAUUAACGGCACCGCGGUGCACGGCGCGGUGGUGGUGGGGUACGAGGGGUGGCUCGCCGGGUACCAGAUGACGUUUGAGGCGGGAAAGAACCGGGUCACUCAGAGCAACUUCGCUGUGGGAUACAAAACCGACGAGUUCCAGCUCCACACCAACGUGAAUGAUGGAACAGAAUUCGGUGGAUCUAUCUAUCAGAAAGUGAACGAUAAGCUGGAGACGGCGGUGAAUCUGGCCUGGACAGCCGGAAACAGCAACACCCGCUUCGGCAUCGCCGCCAAGUACCAGAUUGAUGCCGACGCCUCGUUCUCGGCCAAAGUCAACAACUCCAGCCUUGUUGGUCUCGGAUACACUCAGACCCUGAAGCCAGGUAUCAAGCUGACCCUCUCUGCUCUGCUGGAUGGGAAGAACAUUAACGCUGGGGGACACAAGCUGGGUCUAGGGCUGGAGCUGGAAGCGUAGGAGUGUGAGGAUCACCCAAACCCCCCUGACCUGAAACAAGGAAUAAGACGAAUAGAUCCCCUUCCACACCCUGUGUUUCUUUAAUACGGUCAAGAAGAGCUUCUUCAUUUUUAAAUCACUCACACUUAAACAGCCACGGUUAAAGAGGUCUGGAGUAAACGGCUGGAAUUCAGUGGCUCACUUUUUCAACAAUAUAAAAUAGUAUGCAAGAAAAAGGGACAUCACUGCACCUGAUUGGUCUUACAGUAAACAGUGGUCAUAACAGUUUGUGAAGGUUUCAUUCAUCAAACACAUCUGAUCACACUAAUUUAUUUAUUACAGAGCUGAAUGAUGGAGAAAGGGAUAUUUUUCAGAAUUACACUCGAGGUGGUAAAUGGCCACCACAGUUAUUAAGAGAUUAUUAACUCUUUUAUUCCAGUCGCAGAAAACAAAGCGAUGCUCUAAAACAGUUUGCUGGUGUUUGAGAACAUUCCUGAUCUCUACAGAAGCUGCUUCUGAGAUACUGAGAGUUUCUGUAGUCCAACCUCUGUUAAUGCAAUGAUAUCGGAUCCCUGAUUGUGACUUGUGUACUUUUCCUUCACCUCUGCAGCAUUAAGCACCAAUAGUGAAUACAUUUAGUGUUUUUGUCUGUCUCAGUGUGGAAACUGCACAUGUGUAAUAUGUCUCUUUUGUUACAUAAAACAGAAUCUUGAUUUUCCAGUGUUCUUCUUUGCUGUCUGUAAGGUUUACAUGCAAACUCUCGUCAGAUGUCCCUGGAAAUAAAGGGAUGGUUAAUUCAUCCUAUUCACUGGCCAACAUUCUUAUAGCAAAUGUUUUUGGAACGAAAACAAACACUGUACAUUUUAAAUAGGGGGCGUAGUCUUCCGAUUUUGCAGUAGAUACAGAACACUAGCUAUGUAUUUAGCUGUAUUGUAACUCCUUAAGUUCAAUAAAAGGUGAUUUAAAUUGG